AUGUCUGGUGAAAUGGAAGUCGAUCCUCCUGUCGCGGAGGAGCAAGCCCCCGAACAGACGAGCAAUGGUGGCACCGAUGCCCGAACGCAAUCCAACGCUGUUGCCGUACGCAGUAUUGAAGGGUGGAUUGUGAUUGUAACAAACAUCCAUGAGGAAGCGUCAGAAGAAGAUGUGACCGACCUUUUCGCCGAGUAUGGCCCGAUUAAGAACUUCAGCCUGAACCUCGACCGCCGGACGGGUUACGUGAAGGGAUACGCAUUGAUUGAAUACUCAACGCUCCCCGAAGCCGCUGAGGCCAUUAAGGGACUGAAUGGCUCCAAGUUGCUUGACCAGACCCUCGAAGUCGACUACGCAUUUGUUCGACCACCGCCAUCCAACAAGGGGAAGGGCGGAGGAAGAGGAGGCGGUCGUGGAGGAAGAAACCGCAGCAGGAGCCGCGACCGAAGCCGCAGUCCCGGUGCUGAGAACGAAAGGGACUAA